AUGGCGACGGAGGCAAUGAGUCUCAUGCGGUGGCUGGGCUUCUAUACCACUGAUAGACAGGAACAAUGCGUUUCUGUAGUACUGCGUCUGCUAAAGCUUGCAUUUCCCGCUGCAUUAAGCGAUCGUCAAGGAUGGGAAGAUGUAGUGAUGACACUCGAGCUAUUCUAUGAGACGUCACUGACAUUUGAGAUCCAGAAAUUGGACGAAUCAAGUCCCGAGACGCUGCGGAAUGUGCUGGAGCUGGUACUGGCUGCUGUCGUACAGUGUGAGGCUAAGGAGACAUUUGUAAAGGACAUUUUGAGUAUGGACGAUGCAGUACAGACUGGUCUGAUGACAAUUAUUGAGAGAGUGAUGCGUCAAGGAGCUAGAGGAGAGAAGGACGAGGAGAAAAAGGAGGAAAAGGAGAUACACAAGGCGUUGGGACGUCAUUCUCCGCUUUAUUUGACGAGUUAUGCUGCUUUAGAACAGCAAGAGAGAAAGAACAAGGUACUAAAGGAGGAAAAUAUCCAGCUGGCUGAAGAAUUGACGCAGACGAUGAAGAAAUAUCAUGAAAUGAAAAUUGAAAAGGAAGAAAUGGUGAUAAAUGUACAGCAAUGGAAGGAGCAGAUGGAAGCAGAUGGUCUACGAAGAGAACGAUCACUACAUGCAGAGUAUGAAGGCCGGAUCCAGACAUUGCAGCUUCAAUUAGACGCUAUAAAGACAGAGUUGGAUGAUAAGACAGUGCUAGCGAGUAAAGUUCCGGCGCUUCGUGAUGAAGUGGAUCUAUUGAGGCCUGUAGCGAGUAAAUUGGUCAAGAUGGAAGCCGCCGUGGUGAAGUACAAAGCAAAGAUCGAUGAACUCGCUGGAGCAAAAGACAAUUUACGGCGCCUUGAAGGGACAAAUGUCGAUCUGAUUGAAACGAAUCUGGCGCUUGAAAGCCAGUUGGCCAAAGCUGCAUCCUGGCAACGCAAACUUAAGGAGGCGAAGGAGACCAACACUAUUAUGGAAUUUCGCGUAUCAGAGCUUAAAACACAACUAGUUCGUGAGCGACAAGAGCUUGUGCUAGCUCGUGCUGAUAUUACAUCCCUUCAAAGCACUCUGCAGGAAGCUAAGGCGUUAAACGCUCAGUUACAACAAUCUGCUGAUCAUUUGUUGUCCGUCGACGUGACAGGAAAUGACAACUCAUCUUCUGCACCAACUGUGGCUAGUGGCAUCAGCGAACUCAAUCCAGAGUUGAUGCAGAAACUCAUUCGCUUGGAAUAUGAAAACGUCGCGCUCAAAAACCAAGUUGACAGCGAAACAGGCGCAAGAAUUGAUGGUCUUCUGAACGAGGUGGAUGACAUGACUCGAGUAAAAAAGUAUUUCGAGCAAAAAUACUUUGACUCCCAGUACGUCCUUCAAUCUACAACGUCCGAGUUCAAGUCUACCAAAGCAGAGCUAGACCUUACGAUCGCGAGGCUCCAAGCAAACGCUGGACAAUUGCGUGAAUGGCAUUGGUGUCUUCAGGAGGAUGUCGCAGCCCAGGCCCUGGCAAAGCAAACUGCGGUUGCGGAGCGAGACUGCUUAGUCUAUGAUGGUAUAGAGCGACAGCACUAUUUGACUCGAGUUUUGUCAAGUCGAGAGCACGAACUGUCUGAAAUACGGAACGUUAACGAGGCGCUAGCAUGCCAGAAUGAGCGACUAAUAGAGCAGUGUGAGAGACUCUCACAAAGAAAGGAAGCACUUGAAGCAAGCCUAGCAAGACAGAACGAAUGCGUUGCAAUGCAAGCUGAGGACGCAAAAGCGAAGGAGUUACGACUUUGGCAACAGAAUACUCGCGAGCUGACUCAAAUUUGUGUUCAGAACAAAAAGCAAGUUGCGGACAUCAUUUCGAGCAUGACCUUGUUGGUUGACGCAAAGUCUGCUGAAAUUGUGCAGCUAACGUCAAAGCUGCAAAAAGUCAAACUUGAGCACGAUAUUGAUCGGCAAAAGCUGGAAGCUGCGCACAUAUCCACAGCUAAGGGGUUGAAGCUAUAUCAACAGCAGUACUCAAUCUCGAACGCCGACUGGAAUACUAAAGAAGAAAAGCUGAAGAGUCGUAUUGAAGAGCUAGAACGGCUAUGCAGUCAAUGUACAAAGCAGGAGCUAGCAUUAAAGUCGAUAAUCAAGAGCCAACUCCAGUCAAAUGGUCAGCUUGUGGCGCAAAAUAAGGUCAUGAAAGCAGACGCUGUCAAGUCGCGAGAGACGAUAGCAAUAUUUGAAAACACAACCACCCGACUGGAAUCGAAAGUGGCCUUACUGGAGAGACAACGGUCUCAUUUUUUUGCUCAAGAAGAGCGAAAGCGUGACACGGUGGACAGAAUAUCGUCGUAUUCAUGUCAAUUGAGUACACAGGUUACGCUGGUGGUAGCAGAGCUGGAGAAAGUGCUCGAGGAAAACAAAAAGCUGCAUACGAAGCAGUCUAGAUGCCAUUGUUGCCGUGAAUCUCCCCGUGGAACCCCUGACUCCGACCAGAAAGCCAAAAAAAACUAUAGGAACCGAAUCCAACAGAUGGAGCAUGACCAGCAGCAAGUGGAACAUAAGCGCCGUGAGUUGCUUCUCGUGAACGCAAAGCUUAUUCUGGAACAAAAGCAGCUGCACGUUAAAAACGCAAGUCUAUCGAACGAAAUUCGCGAACUGAAGGAAUCGGUGAAUCACUGGCGGCUUUGUGAUGAGAGACGAAAGAAAAAAGAGGGGCAUGCGAGCUUGGCUUUGGAAAAUAAUGUAAUUAAGCUCCCUUUGCCUUGCACCAAAAGGUCGACAAGAGGCCUACCUACAGACACCGCUGAACAGCGAGCGAAACCGGAGCACGAACAAAAGACGACGGAGCUACCUCGUAAAAGUCAAAACUCGUCGCAUGAUUCAUCCGUGGCAGGAUUGUCUUCGUCUCUUACGAACGAAGGAAGCGUGUUUCCCGACCAUGAGAAAAGAAUUGGAAAACGGAAGCGCGAACAGGAGAGAGACGGCACGGUUGGCGAGACGACAAGAAUUGAAGCAGGUUCGAUUGCAAAUUGCAAUUCCACAGACGCGGAAGCUCCAACGUCCGGGUCGACCUCGACGCUGCGAUCCCAUUUCAUUGCACGCAGUUUAGCUCCUGAUAAACUCAAACAAGACACUGAGAAACCCUCCGAGUGCAAUCAGCAAUAA